AUGAUCUCUACGAACAACCGUAAGCUAGCUCUAAUUGCUACGAUCACUUUGAUCGCUGUCCCGCUUGUCCUUGCCCAUCGAGCAGAUUCGCAAUGGGCGUUUUCCAAGCUGUUCCCGUUCAGUGCAAGGUGGAAUUCGGUACUGGCUACCUUCUACAUAUCAUCAUUCCCCAACUUUAUCCUCGCUCUUGUUCCCACCGAGCUCGACCCAGCGUCACUAAACACCAUGAUCGCCUUUGCGACCGGAGGGCUUUUAGGUGAUGUCUGCAUGCACCUCAUACCGCAUUCGUUCAUGGGCGAAUCCGAGACCAGCGCUGGGACCGUGAUCGACGGGGUACGAUAUGUUCUGGUCGAGGAGAAGAGGAACAUUAUCAUCGGGGGCGCUAUCUUUGGCGGAUUCUUUGCAUUCUACUUUUUGGACAAGACAAUGAGAGUACUCAACUCUUCACCUGGUGGGGAAGCUUCCGCUGGGAGCCAUUCUCAUCACCAUCACCACCACCACGCACCUGCCGAAGCCAAGUCUACUGCCGUAGAGACUACCGUUUCUUCAGACGGAUUGAAGCAGAGAACCAAGGAGAAGGCUAGCGAUGAUAAUGUGAUCGCACCGGUGGAGGACAAGAAGACAGAAGUGAGCGCGAGCUUGCGGUUGUCGGCAUAUCUCAACCUCUUUGGCGACUUCACUCACAAUAUCACCGACGGACUGGCGAUGGCUGCUUCGUUCUAUGCUAGUCCUCAACUAGGAGCCAUCUCGACCUUUGCUACCUUCUGCCAUGAAAUUCCUCACGAGAUCGCCGACUACUCCAUUCUAAUCAAAUCGGGUUUUACCAAGCGACAGGCGAUGACUUCACAGUUCAUCACCGCCAUCGGAGCGUUUGUGGGAACAUUUCUAGGUAUCUGGAUCGCUGAGAGCGCUGGUGCCGGGGGAUCGACGAGUUCAGACGGCGCUGCCAUUCUAGCUGGACGGACCGGAGGUUUCUUGGGGACUUCUGUCAGGCCCGCUGACUUGGUCAUCCCGGGAACGGCUGGAGGUUUCUUGUACAUCGCAUCGGUCUCGGUCAUUCCUGAACUACUGGCCGAGAGUUGGUCUGGUAAGCAGACCAUCAAAGAGUACGCCUUCAUGCUGUUCGGUUUUGGUGUUAUGGGUUUGUUGGCUUGGAACGAAUGAGGCGGCGUGUAAGAUGCCAUCGUCUGGCUAUACAAUCAGGACAACAUACAAGAAACGAAGACGAUGAUACGAAGACGUGCAGAGAGUUCCGGGAAACUUAUAGCUUGCUCUCCCUCGGGUUCUUGUCCAGCUCGGUCUUCCCCUGCUUGAUAGCAGACGCAAAGGGACACCCACCGCCAACCUUGUCGAGCGGUUUUCCUUCCCGAGCCGCCUUGUUGACAAGACG